AUGACCCAGACCCUCUACAACAAGGAGGACCCUCUUAAUCUGGGCGGCGGCUGGUCAUCCUCUGCCCCCUUACACACCUGGUCAUCCUGCCAUGGAAGGCGCCGAGGCGCUCCGAUUUACAAGCGGCGGUACCGCUAUGGCCCCAAGGCCGAGUAUGAGCCUCCCAGGAAAAAGCCCAAGCAGCACUACGGUCCAGGCCCGUGGUUCCAACCUCCCCGACGGCCCUGUUGGGCCGUGUACUCCAACUGGGGGCGUUGCGGAGGGCCCUGGUGCCCACCUCCCGCAGGAUUCCGGAAGCCCCCCUACCAGAUGCACAUGAUCCGGGUGUAUGGUCUGCACCCACUCUGCCCUUGCUGCUGCUCUUGCUGGCGUGGGCCCUGGAAUCCAGGCUGGGAAAGGCCUCCAGGCAGGAAGAAGCGCUGGGGCCGCAGAGGCCGCGGCCUACGCCGCCACCCUCGCCGCUCCUCCCCAAAGAGCCCGCCGGCCGAAGCGAGCACUUUGCUGCGGCCUGUCAACCUGUAUGGGUGGCGCGCGCCAGGUAUGAGAGCGCCACGGAACACCACCCAGUUCAUUAUGAACCAGAUCUACGAGGACAUGCGGCAGCAAGAGAAGAUGAAGCGCCAGCAGGAGGCGCUACGAGUGCAGCAAGCCCAGGCUGAAGGCUUGGCGUCCCCGGCCGGCUCCACCGGAAAUGACGCGCCCCCUAGCGGCGGUGAGGAGGACUUGGAGCUGCAGGAAACUUUGUAUAGCUUCAUGCAGAAUCCCUCUCUAGUCUUCAGUCCUGCCCCAGAGGAGGAAAAGCAGUCUCCCAACACGCAGCUGGUGGAGGAAGAGGAAGAGGAAAAAAUUGAGGAUGAGGAGAAAACUGAGGAUGAGGAGGAGUGUGACGAGGAGCUGUGUGAUGGAAAGGAGGAGGAGGGUAGUGAAGAGGAGGAAGAGGAAGAGGAGGUGGAGAAUGGAGAGACAGAAGAAGAGGUGGAUGAGGAGGAGGUGGAUGAGGCUGAACAAGGAGAGGAGGAUGAAGAGGAGGGAAUGGAAGAGGAGGGCCUGGAGGAGGAAGAACAGAGAGAGGAUGAAAAUCACUUGCCUCUGGAAAUGCCUUUGUCAAUCCUAGUAGGGGAAGAAGAAGAGAGAAAGAAUUUUAUAGACUAUACUUAUUUAAGCACAGAACAGAUUAUUCCCAAAGUGCCACAGGAAGCUCUCUUCACGGUACAAGACAUUAACCACUAG